AUGGAGGAUACUACUUGGGAAGAGUUAUCGGAUCCUCAGAGAGCACCACAGUGGACUAUAGAGCGCAGAGGUCCACUGCGCUCAUUGCGUCGGCGGCGGCUGCUGCAGCUCCUGCUCCUGUUCCUGCUCCUGCUACCACCUCACAGCCACCAGGGAUGGGCCUCAAGACAUAUUCUCCCCACCCAGAGGACCCAGGACCCUCCUGCUGUGCACGUCAGCACUGGCCCAGGACAAGAGCCUGUCACCAUCAUAACCUUUAACCUCACCAAGAUGACAAAAACCUCCUCCUCCUUUGAGAUUCGAACUUGGGAUCCAGAGGGAGUGAUUUUGUAUGGCGAUACCAAUCCAGAAGAUGACUGGUUUAUGCUAGGACUUCGGGAUGGCAGGCCUGAAGUCCAAAUGCACAAUCACUGGGCCCAGCUUACAGUAGGUGCUGGACCCCGGCUAGAUGAUGGGAGGUGGCACCAGGUGGAAGUGAAGGUCCUUGAGGACUCAGUGCUGCUGAGGGUGGAUGGGGAGGAAGUGCUGCGCCUGAGACAGGUCUCUGGGCCCCUGGUCAACAAGCCCCAGCCCAUCAUGAGGCUUGCAGUGGCAGGGCUGCCGUUCCCCGCCUCCAACCUCCGGCUGCCGCUGGCCCCUGCCCUGGAUGCUUGCCUGCGCCGGUAUAAGUGGCUGGACCAACAGGCACAGAUCUCAGCAUCUGCCCCCACUAGUCUCAGCAGCUGUGUGGUAGAGUCCCAACCUGGGAUAUUCUUCCCUCCAGGGACUUGUGCAGAAUUCAGUCUCCAAGACAUUCCCCAGCCUUAUAAAGAGCCCUGGGCCUUCUCUCUGGACCUGGGAUUCCAACUGGCAGUAGGCUCCGGUCCCCUUCUUACCUUUGGGACCCCAGAAAACCCUUCUUGGCUCAGCCUUUACCUCCAAGAUCAAAAGGUGGUGCUGUCUUCUGGGUCAGAGCCAAGGCUAGAUCUGCCUCUGGUCUUGGGACUCCCUCUUCAACUGAAGCUGGCUGUGUCUGGAGUGGUCUUGAGCCAGGGGCCAAAGAAGGAGAUCCUUCCUUUGCGUCCCUUGGGCCUUGACUCCCUUCUCGAACUCUGGGUCCAGCCACAGGGACGUCUCUUCCUGGGCGCUUUGCCAGGAGAGGCCUCUUCUGCCUCCUUUUGCUUGGACAGCCUUUGGGCACAAGACCAGAAGUUGGACAUGGACCAGGCCCUGAACAGGAGCCAGAAUAUCUGGACUCACAGCUGUCCCCAGAGUCCAGGCAAUGACACUGACACCACACAUUAAAUCCCCACCUGUGAACCCCC